UGUAGUUUUUCAUCAGUUGUUGAAAAUCUAAAUUGUUUAUUAUGAGCAAAAAAUGAAAAAGUUUGAAUAUUAUUAUUCUAGCAGCGUCACUUCCAUUGAUGGAUGGAACGUCAAAAAAAGGUGGACAAGCAGCAGUAGCAAGUGCUAAUUCUAAAACCGGUGGUAGUGGUAAAGCUAACGAACAACGUUAUUUUCGUAUUCCAUUUAUUCGCCCUAACGAACAAAAUCGUGAUGAUAGUAGUGAACAUAAAAAGAAAGGCUGGUGGUGUGCUCAUUUUGAUGAUAAAUGGAUUGCUCGUCAGAUGGAAAUUCAUCCAAAUAAAAAACCAGUUUUACUUGUUGCAGGUAUUGAUGAUAUGACUAUGUGUGAAUUAAGUUUAGAUGAAACAGGUUUAACAUCAAAAAAAGGUGCUGAAAUACUCGAAAAUGAUUUUGAACAAGAAUGGAUUAAACAUGGUGGUCGAGAAUAUUUAAAGAAAAAUAAAGGACAAAUUAGUUCAAAAUAUGUUAUUCAAUUACUUCAAAAAUAUCACUAA